AUUUUAUCGAAUAAAUGGCUCUUCUCUACUAAUCACAAAGAUAUUGGAACUUUAUAUUUCAUUUUUGGUAUUUGAUCAGGCAUAGUAGGAACUUCAUUAAGACUCCUAAUUCGAACUGAAUUAGGAAAUCCUGGGUCAUUAAUUGGAAAUGACCAAAUUUACAAUGUUAUUGUUACAGCUCACGCUUUCAUUAUAAUUUUCUUUAUAGUAAUACCAUUUAUAAUUGGCGGAUUCGGAAACUGAUUAGUUCCAUUAAUAUUAGGAGCCCCUGAUAUAGCUUUCCCUCGAAUGAAUAAUAUAAGAUUUUGACUUUUACCACCAUCCCUUUCUCUUCUACUUAUAAGAAGAAUUGUAGAAAGAGGAGCAGGAACAGGAUGAACAGUGUACCCUCCACUUUCAUCUAAUAUCGCUCAUGGUGGAUCUUCAGUUGAUUUAGCUAUUUUUAGACUUCACUUAGCAGGUAUUUCUUCUAUUUUAGGUGCAGUAAAUUUUAUUACUACUGUAAUUAAUAUGCGACCCUCAGGCAUAACCUUUGAUCGAAUACCUUUAUUUGUUUGAGCUGUAGUAAUUACAGCUAUCCUUCUUCUACUUUCAUUACCUGUAUUAGCAGGAGCUAUUACUAUACUACUAACAGAUCGAAAUCUAAAUACUACUUUCUUCGACCCAUCAGGAGGGGGUGAUCCAAUCCUAUACCAACACUUAUUUUGAUUCUUCGGACACCCAGAAGUUUAUAUUUUAAUUCUACCAGGAUUUGGUAUAAUUUCACACAUUAUUAGACAAGAAAGAGGAAAAAAGGAAGCCUUUGGAACUUUAGGAAUAAUUUACGCAAUAAUAGCAAUUGGUUUAUUAGGAUUUGUAGUUUGAGCACAUCAUAUAUUUACAGUAGGAAUAGACGUUGAUACUCGAGCCUAUUUCACUUCUGCUACAAUAAUUAUUGCUGUUCCUACUGGAAUUAAAAUUUUUAGAUGAUUAGCUACUCUUCAUGGUACACAAAUUACUUACAGCCCAGUAACUCUAUGAGCAUUAGGAUUUGUAUUUUUAUUUACCGUAGGUGGAUUAACAGGAGUAGUUCUAGCUAACUCAUCUAUUGACAUUAUUCUACAUGAUACUUACUACGUAGUAGCCCAUUUCCAUUAUGUAUUAUCUAUAGGAGCAGUAUUUGCUAUUAUAGCCGGAUUUGUUCAAUGAUUCCCAUUAAUUACAGGAUUAACUUUAAAUAGAAAUUAUUUAAAAAUUCAAUUCUUUGUAAUAUUUAUUGGAGUUAAUUUAACCUUUUUCCCACAACAUUUCUUAGGGUUAAGAGGAAUACCUCGACGAUACUCUGAUUACCCUGAUGCAUAUACUCUAUGAAAUAUAAUUUCAUCUAUUGGAUCUUUAAUUUCCUUAGUUAGAGUAUUAUUCUUAAUUUUUAUUAUUUGAGAAGCAUUAUCAGUUAAACGAAAAAAUCUAUCAUCCUUUAGAAUAAAUACAUCUAUUGAAUGAUUACAAUUUUAUCCCCCAGCUGAACAUAGAUAUGAUGAACUGCCUAUAUUAACUAAUU